AUAUCGAGGUAUACCUGCAUCACCUGAAGUAAAAUGAAAAACCAAAUAACAACAGUUUUUUUGGAGGAAAUUGUUACCUAAUAAACAUAGCGGUAAGACUAUGAGCUAGAGUUGGCAAAAUAUUAUUUAGAAAAAACGAUACACAACGUGUGGAUGUUUCCAUCUUCAGAGCCGUGUAGAUGCUCGUGUUAAAAUUAAAUGGGUAAACUCUCAAUUAAGAAGUUCAAUCAACUGUAUCAAAAAAACUUUGUUACAGUAUCAUCAGUUCAACCCACAGACCUCCAAGGCUCUACGUAGGCCUUACUGAAUGACUGAUUAUGAUAAGUUAAUAAUUAUCAAUGAUGCAAACUUACCUUGAUAUCUUACGACGGUACCGCGCUCUCGAACCCGACGGAACGUUUGCCUAAAUACCCGGGCGUCAGGUAGGCGACGAUUAGGAAACUCCCCCCCCAUACUCACGACGAGCUUCUUCAGCAUUGCCUCUGGCAUCUCCAUAGUAGAAAAGGAUAUCGGCAUAUUCUUCGAAACUGAACGACCGCCUCCUUUGUUGAUCAGCCAUUGUUCAUCGAUAGGAAGAUCAACGAACAAUCAAGUCACACAGCAGCCAAGUCGUGGUAGACGGUCUCUGACUGUCGAACGCGGAGGUACCACCCGACGGAUCUCGUAG